AUGGGAAACUUGAUUAACUUAAAGCAUCUUUAUGUUGAGGAGUGUGAAGCUCUGGAGUUCUUGCCCAAAGGGAUAAGGAGAUUAACAAGUUUGCAAACACUAGAUGUGUGUCGGUGUGGCGGCAACAACAAUGAAGCAUUUCAAAUUGGGGAUCUGAGAAAGUUGAACCUUGAGGGAAGUCUCACAAUACAAUUUGUGGGGGAUGCGACAGAUAAGAGCGAGGUUGAGAAAGCACAAUUGUGGGACAAAAAGCUAUUUCAUCUCAACGUUGAUUUUGAAAGGCAGAGGAACAGUAGUAGUAGUGUAGAAAUACUGAAUGCCUUACAACCGCACCCAGAUUUGGAAUCUUUACAGAUUUGGGAUCAUAAUGGCACCACAUGGCCCAAUUGGAUGCAGUCUUUACACAAUUUGAGAAUCCUUACUCUUAGUAAUGGGACACAGUGUGAACUUUGGCCUCUUGGGAAAUUGGAGUACCUUGAAAGACUGACCCUAUUCGGGAUGGAUGGAGUGAGAAAGGUCGGUGCUGAAUUUUUGGGAUUAGAAGAUCAAACCUCAUUCAAAAUCAGAUCACCACCCCUGAUAUUAUUCCCAAAAUUGAAACGACUCUACUUUUCCGAAAUGUGGUUUUGGGAAGAGUGGGAAGGCGUGGAAGAGUGGACGAAAGAGGAUUCUGAAAUUACAAUCAUGCCAUGCCUUUCUGAGUUAACAAUUUACCGCUGCAAAUUGCUAAAAGCACUGCCAGACUUCGUCUUCAAAACACCACUGCAGACUCUUCGCAUCCCUGGAUCUGUGAGACUUUUAGAGCGUUACCAAGAAGGCAAUGGAGAGUGGGCCAAGAUUUCUGCUACAACCCAAACAUCCGCAUUUCCUCCAGGUAAUUGA